AAUCUUAUCAGUAUUGCCAUUCGUGUAGGCCUCAGUAUUUAUAAGCUCAGCUUCUUGAUUCUUCGCUCUCUCUAGCUCCGAGUAAAAACCCUAGUUGUAGAGUAGGAUUAGGAUUCGACUGGUUCAUUUGUGCUUUCGUUUGCUCUUUUACCUUCUAGCUUAGUAGCUGCUGUUCUUAAAAUUUUCAACUUUCGUGGAAUUGAGGUUUUCUGUUGACCGAUAAUUUUGUCGUUUCAGUAUCGUUCUACUUUUAUUUUUCUUUAAUCGAUUUAAAUCUUGAUCUGUGAGCUAUGGACACGCGUAAGAGAGGCAGAGGCGAAUUUGCUAACGGCGGUGCGAAGAAAUCUAAGUCAGAAAUCGACUCCUUUUCAAGUGGUAUAGGAAGCAAAUCGAAGCCAUGCACGAAGUUUUUCAGCACUGCUGGUUGUCCAUUUGGUGAGAAUUGCCACUUCCUUCACUAUGUUCCUGGUGGCUAUAAUGCGGUUGCCCAGAUGAUGAACUUGGCCCCUGCCCCUGCCCCUACCUCUAGAAUGUUAACAGGUCCGCUAGCUGUCCAGAAUGGUUCCUCUGCAGCUGCUGUUAAAACCAAAAUAUGCAACAAAUACAAAACGGCAGAAGGUUGCAAAUUCGGUGACAAAUGCCACUUUGCUCAUGGUGAAUGGGAGCUCGGCAAGCCUAUUGCACCUUCUCAUGAAGAUCCACACUCCAUGGGAGCUAUUCCUAACCGUUUUGGUGGUAGACCGGAGGCACCUAUACCAGGCCCAGCAGCCAGUUUUGGCGCAUCAGCCACGGCCAAGAUCAGUGUGGAUGCUUCUCUAGCUGGAGCCGUCAUUGGGAAAGGAGGGGUGAAUUCCAAACAGAUCUGCAGGCAAACAGGAGCCAAGCUGGCCAUCCGAGACCACGAAUCAGAUCCAAAUCUUAGAAACAUAGAGCUCGAGGGUUCGUUUGAACAGAUUCAGCAAGCAAGUGCAAUGGUGAGAGAACUUAUUGUUAGCGUUGGCUCAGCAGCCGGCCCAGGGAAACCAAUGGGAGCUACUGGCGGCCCUCCUGCCCCAGGGAGCAACUUCAAGACCAAGUUAUGUGAGAAUUUCUCCAAAGGCUCCUGCACUUUUGGCGACAGGUGCCAUUUUGCACAUGGGGCAGCUGAGCUACGGAAAAGCGGGAUAUGAGUAGUACCUCUCGUUUUAGCACGACGCAAUUGGUGUUUUCUUUGGUUUCAUGGUGAACUUUUCCGUCUAAGUUUAGUAGUUGGAAGAACCAAUACUCGUGUGGUUACUCAGUUAUUCAUAGUAUUUUGGACUAGUACAGAAUCAGUUGUUGCAGGUUUGCUGCUUGUAUCAUGAGUGAUCAUUUCUUGGCUUGUGCUUUUUUUCUCUCCAGUCCUGUUUCAUGUUGAUUCGUCACUGGUUAAUCCUUUUCGUGGAAAAAAGUGAUGCCCUGUUUCUCUGA